AUGAACACGGAGAGAAACAAUGAAAGCAGUUUUUUAUCAGGGGAGCUUGAAAAUGAUUAUAUAAGCAGUCCUUCAAACAGUAAGUUACAUUAUGACCAAAUACCUGAGAUUAAUAGAAGUUUUAUCUUCGAGAAAAAAAGAAUUGUUGUGUUGAUUUGUGAUUUUUAUGAAAAAAAACAUUUUCCAAAGAAAUUUAGAAGUGAGGUUAGUAACAUAGCUCUUUGGCCAAUAUCUAAUAUUUUUAUGAUUGAUCAUGUACUUAGAGAUUUGUAUACUAAAAAUUUCAAGAGAAUUGUUUUGGCAGGAAGACAUAUUAAUGAGGUUAUAGAUUAUGUUGCUAAUUCUAGGCACAUGAAGAGAAUGGUUUUUGCUUGUUUAACACAGACAUACACUGGAUUGACUGCACAUCCUUUAAACAGUGAAGCUGAUAUUUUUAGAGCACUUAAAAUUUAUGGUCUUGAUAAUGACUUUUUAGUUAUAAAGAUGAAUCAGUUAUGUUUUAUUGACUUUGAUUAUCUUUUUAAUCAAAAUAAAAACGCACUUGCUACUUUCUUAUUAUAUGAAAAAGAUUCUAAUGAUCCUGAAAGAUACUAUUAUGUCUUAGAUAAUAAUCAAAUUAUGAAUUGUUUUCUAUUUCCUCUUAAAUGUCAAUCUGAAGUAACUAGAGUUUUUAAUGCGGUACCUUUAUCAUCACCAACAAUAUUUGUAGCCUCAUCUGAAUUAAACAAUCUUUUUGCUGAACUUUACUGGGUUGAAAAUAUUAAUCAAUUGGUACAUGAUUCUAUUGAUUUGAAUAUGAAUAAGUAUCCUUUUAAUUUUGUUGAUAAUUGUAAUGUUGCUUAUUGUAAGGAAAUUGUAACUAUGAAUGAUUAUUUAUCUGUUAAUUGUGAUUUACCAGAGAGUUUGAAUGCUGUUAAUUUAUUCAGCUCAUCAGUUUCUAAUCUUAAUCUUGAGCGUUUUGAAAAAUAUCUUCAUUGGAUAGUAAUUGAUGAUGCGGAACCUAGAAUUGUAUUUAAAGAUUCACUAAUCUUUAAUGAUUUUAAUUAUGUGAUUACUAUAAAUGAUGUUGUAAUUAGAAAAGAAAAGAAGAAGGUGGAGGGAUUUUUUGAAAAAUUAGAGAAUUUUCUUAUGGAAAAAUAUUUUUCUAAAAAUUCAGUUGAUUACUGUGAAGUGGCAGCUAAAGUUUUAAGCUUUAAAAUAAGUAAUUCCUAUAAAGCAAAUAAAUUUGAAAUUGUUGAUGUGUUUGCAUCAUUUCUUGCUAAAUCAGUGUUUAGAAAGACAGAAAUUGUAAAUGACCUUAAUAUUGCUAUAGCUAGGGCGGUUGAGUUUUUUACUGUUCUUCAAGAAAUAGUUGCAAAUGAUAGAGAAUGUCAGGAACAUUUUAUGGAUUUAUUAGAAGAAUAUAUAUUAGGUUCUAACUUUAAACAGAAAUACCUUUUAUUUGCCAGUUACAUACAUUUAUUUCAAGAAAGGAAAGUUAUUAAAAGAAAGGUUUUAUUACAACAUGUUGGAGCGAUUCAAGGGAAAAUCUAA